ACGAGUGCCUCCUAGCGAGGCUAAUCAAUAGUGCACUACAGAGUCACACGUGUACUGAAAAGGAACCGUAAUCGAACUGUGAGCGGUAUCAUACAAAUAAAACGCCAUCAGGCAACAUUUUGAUGUGCUGAUAUUGGACAGCAUAUACGGAGUCCAAGGCCAGCACCAGAGAAGACAUGGUGGUAUCCACAGCAGCAGUCAGGAGUUCCUUCCUGUGGUGCAUGUCUGUCAUCUACCUGCUGGCCUUCUCAUCGCUGUACGUGCAGAUACCAGGCUUAUACGGCAGCACAGGGAUCCUACCAGCCAACAGACUACUGAAGCUGGAUGGUAAAACUCCCCACGAGCGCUUCUCAGAGCGCCCCACUCUGCUGUGGCUCACACCGGCCCUCGGACUGACCGCAGAACACGGCAUGGACCUGCUGUGUCUGGCUGGCAUGCUGAUCUCUCUUGUUGCCAUGGUAACCGAGGUCAUGCGAGAUGUCCCCGCCUUCCUGAUGCUGUGGAUUCUGUACUUUUCAGUGUAUCAGGUUGGGCAGACAUUCCUGUGGUUCCAGUGGGACAUCCUGCUGUUAGAGGCAGGGUUUCUCGCUGUGCUGGCUGCACCGCUCAACCCCAUGAAGUGGCUGCCCCCCUCCCCACUGCCUCACGACAACGUGGCGCUGUGGCUGGUGCGCUGGCUGCUCUUCAGACUCAUGUUCGCAUCGGGAAUCGUCAAACUCACCAGCAUGUGCCCCACCUGGUGGGGACUUACAGCUCUGAACUACCACUAUGAGUCCCAGUGCAUCCCCACCCCACUGGCCUGGUUUGCCCACCAGCUGCCAGAGUGGUUCCAGAAGCUGUCUGUCGUGGCGACCUACAUUAUCGAGAUCCCCAUCCCGCUGCUGUUCUUUGCACCGGUCCGGUCUCUUCGCAUUUUCUCCUUCUAUGCCCAGGCUUUGCUUCAGGUCUUGAUCAUCCUGUCUGGGAACUACAACUUCUUCAACCUGCUGACCUUGACCUUGUGUCUGCCCCUGCUGGACGACAAACACGUGACCUACCUGUUCCCAUGGUUACAGGCAAAACAAGAAAAGACCAUGCCUGGAGGUAACAUUACAGAAAGCACCCCCUGGCAGAGGUGCAGGAGUGUUCUGACCCGUGGUACAGAAGUCCUGGUGUACUCAGGGCUGUUCUACUGGACAUGUGUGCUUUUCAAACUCAGGCUCACUGGCUUCACUGUACAGUCAAAAGUUGGUUUUACAUCAGACCAGUUCCACAGUGCCCUGACCAGAGUCAUGCCAGUGACCAUUUGGAUAGGAGUUGGAUCAUUGUUUUACCGCAUAGGAUCAGCCUUGAUAAGGUCCUUUACCGGUGAAGACAGUUUAAGAAGAAAAGUCUUCACCUGCAUCAGGUGCCUUCUGUUCUCAGCUGUAGCCGUGUUCGUGUUCACUAUCAGUCUGGUGCCCCACACAGUGAUAGACUGGCAGUCAAACAACAACCUGUGGCCUAUAGUCAAACAGUGGAACCAGAGAGUGGACAAGUUUCAACUGGUCAACUCUUAUGGGCUCUUCAGACGAAUGACUGGGGUGGGAGGGCGACCUGAGGUUAUCGUGGAGGGCAGUAACUCCUUACAGCUGGGAUGGAAGGAGUAUGACUUUUUGUACAAGCCAGGAAAUGUGAAGGUGGCCCCACCUGUUGUAGCCCCUCACCAGCCCAGACUAGACUGGCAGCUGUGGUUUGCAGCGCUGGGCAGCUACGGACACAACCCUUGGUUUGUCAACAUGGUGCACAGGCUGCUGCAUGGAGACAAGAAUGUUCUCGCACUCAUGGACUCCGACCCAUUUAACGGAAAACCUCCAAAGUACAUCCGGGCUACGCUGUACCAUUAUCACUUCACUGACUGGGGCAAAAAUAGCUCUGCAUGGUGGAGGCGAGAGCGGCAAUCCGAGUACCUUCCCCCGCUACAGAAGGACGACCCUUCACUGCUGAAGUUCCUCACACACCACAACCUUAUGAUGGAACCGAUUGGAAAAGCCUCCUCCAAAAAGCCCAAGAGUAUGCUGGGACUGAUGCUGCAGUGGUUGCGAGGCAUGCUGGGAAGCAUGUCAGGGAUCAUGUUACAGGUGACCCUGGUGGUGACAGGGCUGGUGGUCAGCUGGGUGCAGCCCAUCAUGGCCAAGGUUGUGUAAUGGGACAGAGAGAUUAACGUUUUGGGCUGGAACUAUUUAUAAACCUGGGGAAGUCUUAUGAUAUACUGUAAAUGCAGAAACUUUUGCGGUGGAUCAAUGUUCAUUAACAUUUUUCCAUAGCAGUGGUAGUGAUACCGUGAACUUAAAACCACCGCGAAUAGUCAAAACUAAAUCCCCGCUAACGCAAAACUAAAUCCCCGCGAACUUAAAUGCAUUUACAGUAGCUGGUAACGUUGCAAUAUUCCAGCUAUAUAUGUAUGUUUCUUUCCAAAUCAAACCAUAGCUUAAGUAAAAUUUGCAUUACGCUGUUAUAGUAAUCAGGUGAUGAUAUGUUUUUAUGUAUGCAGUUAGUUUCCAUUCUGUAAAUACGUAUGACUCCAGUUAGGGAUGGGCCUAGAAGAAUUACGGAUGGUACAUGUAGAACACAAUGACUUAUAUUUCUGAAGCAGAUUUAUUUAGACUAUUCAAUACACUGUCACAACACUGUCACAACAGUCUUGGUCUGUUGCCAAAUAUUGUGUGUACCAAACUAGACAAUGUAAUAGCUGCUCCUAAACAUCUUUCUUCUGUACAAAAAUAGUCUGUUUGAGAUGCUAUAUUUACAAUAUGUAAUAAAAAUGUACACUGUACAACA